UGCGUGGGACCAUGACUCUUAAAGAAGGGGAUAUGCGAUUAUAAUAUCGCUGGAGGGAGCCAGAGGCGAGAGAUAAAAGAGAGAAGCGAAGGAGCUGAUAGUACGGAAUCCAUGGCUUCUUCCCCACGCUUUGGUUCUCUCCAUUCUGUCCUGUCUCCCGUGCCAUUCCACUAAAGGUGACGGCUUUGAGGACCCGCCAUGGCCAAAUGCAUGCUCCCUGACGCCGCCGCCGGCUUUUGCCUCUGGCCGACCUUCUCCCCCGCCGCCCUCCGCCGCAGGAUCCUCGACGCGAUUGCCUGCGGCGCCUCCCGCCACCGCGGCCGACGGAAGGCCUGCGGCGGCGUUGAUGUGACCGAGCCGCUUCCCCGCAGACCGAGGCCUGGCCGGGCGGAGCGGCUCAUGGAGCUACUGCAGGCGGAGCCCUCCGACUCCGGCUCCGACGAGGCGGACGACGCCGAGGCGCGUAGAAAGGUGGAGGCUUUCGAGGAGAUCCAGUGCGUGGUCGGUCGGCUGCAGCUAGACGACCACAAUGCUGACGGGGAUCGGCGGGAGGAGGCGGCGACGGAGGUGAGGAGGCUCGCGAAGGACGACCCCGAAGCAAGGGAGACGCUCGCGAUGCUCGGAGCGAUCCCGCCUUUGGUCGGGAUGCUUGACUCCAAGGAUCCUGAUCUCCAUGUCGCUGCGCUCUACGCGCUUCUCAACCUAGGGAUUGGCAACGAGUUGAACAAGGCGGCGAUCGUGAAGGCCGGCGCCGUCCACAAGAUGCUACAUUUGAUCGAGUUCGGAAGCAACCCAUCGAUCUCCGAAGCAAUCGUCGCCAAUUUUCUCGGCCUCGGUGCGUUGGAUUCAAACAAGCCCGUCAUUGGUGCCUCCGGCGCGAUCCCCUUCUUGCUAUCCGCCUUUCGAAGCCCUGAGACGAGCCCCACGGCGAGGCAGGACGCUCUACGCGCCCUCUUCAAUCUCUCCAUCGCCUCCGUCAACCUCCCCCUCCUCGUCGACGCCGGCCUCGUCCCCUCCCUCCUGGCGGCGAUCGGCGACAUGGCGGUCACUGAACGCUCCCUCGCGGUGAUAUCCAACCUCGUGGCCUCUGGUGAGGGGCGCCGGGCUGUGAGCCGCUCCGCUGAUGCUUUCGCCAUCCUUAUCGACGUCCUAGGGUGGUGCGACGCAGCCGCGUGCCAGGAGAAGGCAACGUACGUGCUGAUGGUGAUGGCCCACAAGGGGCACGGCGACCGGGCGGCCAUGGUCGAGGCCGGGGUCGUCUCUGCCCUUCUCGAGCUCACGCUGCUAGGCACCCCGCUCGCCCAGAAGCGGGCCUCGCGGCUCUUGGAGAUACUAACAGUGGAGAAAGGGAAAAGAGUGUCAGAGGCAGGAGGGAGUUCCGGCGUGUCGGCGGUGUCGGCGCCAUUGUGUGGGGCGGCGGCGGAGACGGCUCCUGCUGAAGAGGGGAUGAGCGAGGAGAGGAGGGCGGUGAGGGAGCUGGUGCAGCAGAGCCUGCAGAACAACAUGCGAAGGAUCGUCAGGCGGGCGAAUUUGGCUCAGGACUUCGCGCCGUGGGAGCGGCUUAGAGCGCUCACCGCCACCUCUACGUCCAAAAGCUUGCCCUUCUGAGGUGACGAAAAGGAGGAAGAGAGAGAGAGAGCAGAUCCAUGUGUGCUCAGCAAAACUCUACCUUUCUGUCUCUUCCAUGAUUACAAUUUUGUAAAGCUUAAAGGUUCAGCCAGUCACCCUUUCUUUUGUUUGUUUGUGUGUCAUUUUAGGAGAAAAAUAUUUAUGUGAAUUCUAAGCAUGUCUGUGGCUGUCACUUGUCAGAGAAUAAAGUCGGAAGUAGAGAGAGUAACGUUCUGAAGGAGUUUUGGGGUAAUUAUUACUGCCUAUUCAAUUGGCAUCACAAAGUUCACGUUCUAAAUAAUGUUUGGACCCAUCACUGACCAUUUGGAACCGCAUGGAUUGAAGCCAUAGAAGCAGAGAAUCUUAUCAGUGUUGUGAGUGUUCUUAAGGCUGGUCAUGGAGUCCUUCCCUUUACUUUCUGCAAAGGUUUGGUGGGAGUUUGUUGUCUUCAUAUCAAACACAUAAAUGCCAGAUCUAAUCUUGCUGAAGGAAGAAAGAGGUCAGCAGAAAGCAGAAGAGCUAUUGAAGUUUAAAGCUUGGAAGAUCCAAUCUUCUUUUCCCCCUCAUAUUCAAGUAUUAAUAGGUGCUGUAUUUAUAGGAUAAGAAAGAAGGUCUUGAGGCAUUGUUUAUGAGGUUUGGUAGCAGCUGUUGUUUUUUAUGUUUGAUUUACUAAUUAAAUGCCAAACAAAA